UGGCUCUAGGGUUUCUCCCAGCGAUAAAGAAGCACGACGAGCCGCCCUUAUAAAACCUACCCUUCUCCCACCACUCCCACCCUCUCGCCCGCCAGAAGCUGCCGGCGACGCCGCUGCCGCCGCCGCCACGUCCACAGCCGCCGCAGGCAAGCGAGAUGGGUGGGUUUGUGAAGACCCAGAAGACCCAUGCGUACUUCAAGCGUUUCCAAGUGAAGUUCAAGAGACGGAGGGCCGGAAAGACGGACUACAGGGCCAGGAUUAGGCUCAUUAACCAAGACAAAAACAAGUACAAUACCCCGAAAUACAGAUUUGUUGUGCGAUUUACCAACAAGGAUAUCACUGCACAAAUCAUAUCUGCCACCAUUACGGGUGAUAUGGUGCUUGCUGCUGCCUAUUCCCAUGAGCUGCCCCGAUAUGGUCUUGAAGCUGGUCUGACCAACUAUGCUGCAGCCUACUGCACUGGUCUUCUUUUGGCUCGUCGUGUGCUCAAGAUCCGUGAUUUGGAUCAGGAGUAUGAGGGCAAUGUUGAGGCCACUGGUGAGGACUUCUCUGUUGAGCCAGCUGACGAGAGGAGGCCUUUCCGUGCUCUUUUGGAUGUUGGCCUUAUUAGGACUACCACUGGAAACCGGGUCUUUGGUGCCCUUAAGGGAGCUCUGGAUGGUGGUUUGGACAUUCCUCACGGUGAGAAGAGGUUUGCUGGUUUUAAGAAGGAUGAGAAGCAGCUGGAUGCUGAGAUUCACCGCAAGUACAUCUAUGGUGGCCAUGUUGCUGACUACAUGAGAACGCUGGCCGAGGAAGAGCCAGAGAAAUACCAAUCUCACUUCAGUGAGUACAUCAAGAAGGGAAUUGAGGCUGAUGACAUGGAAGCUCUGUACAAGAAGGUUCACGCUGCCAUUCGUGCUGGUCCUACUAUGGCCAAGUCAACCAAGGCUCCACCAAAGGAGCACAAGAGGUACAACCUCAAGAAGCUGACCUACGAGCAGAGGAAGGCUAGUCUCGUCGAAAGGCUCAACGCCCUCAACUCCACCGGUGGCGCUGAUGACGAUGAUGAGGAUGACGAGUGAAGUGUUGUCCACCACAGCAGUGCUGCAUUUAUCCUUACAUGAAGUCCUGCAACCGUCAUUUUUGUUUAAGUUGGGCGAUAUGCCGAAAGAACCUGUUUAUGUUAGUUUUCAGUUUCAAGCUGGAGUUCUGGAUUAUUAUCUGAAUUAUAAGAUGUGCUGUCGUUUGGACAUGGCUCCUCUGAAUCCUUAUGUUUCUAAAUGCCAGGAUGAUGGAAUUUGUUUGCUUGUUC